CAAUCCACCACCUAAUAACAAUCCACCACCUAACAUCAAUCCACCACCUAAUAACAAUCCACCACCUAACAGCAAUCCACCACCUAAUAACAAUCCACCACCUACCAGCAAUCCACCACCUAAUAACAAUCCACCACCUAAUAACAGUCCACCUCCUAAUAACAGUCCACCUCCUAAUAACAAUCCACCACCUAAUAGCAAUCCACCACCUAAUAGCAAUCCACCACCUAAUAGCAAUCCACAAACUAACGAUCAACCACCUAAUAGCAAUCCAUCACCUAACAAUUCACAAAUUAACGAUCAAACAACUAAUAAUUCAUCACAAUCUAAUAACUCACCAUCUAAUAAUAACACGCUUCCAUCUAAUAAUUUACCAUCUAACAAUAAUACACUAUCAUCCAAUAAUACAUUACAACAAAAUAAUUCACUACCAAAUCAACCCACAGGAGUUAACACCAAACCACAAGCAUCAAUGUUUAAUGAUGAGGCACUCUCUACCGAAAUUGCAAGUCCAAUGCCAAACAACGACCAACCAGUUGCCACUAUUCAACCUAAUUCACCUUUACCACCUCCUGAUGGCACGAUUGGUGGUAUAAAGUUGCCACCUCACUCAACAGCAAUAAUUGGAACAAUUCUUGCAGUAAUAGUUGCAGCACUUGUAAUACUUUUUAUAGUAAAGAAAACUGCAUUUGGUAGAAUGAAAGUUGAUGUCCUUAAGAAAAAUCAAUUGAAUAUAACAAAUAGUAUUAAUGAAUUGGAAGAAGUUGAAGUUAGAGAACCUGAUUCUGUUCAUAACUAUGAUAAUGAUGAUGAUACACUAAGUUCGAGUGCAGAAAGUUGGACAACUAGAAUGGCAAGAAUUAAUCAUAAUAGAUCAUAA